CUUUCAUCCCUCCAUGUGUUGAUUUUGCAAUUUUAUCCCGGAUUGCACAAAAAAAACUCUCGAAAAAAAAGCCAAAAAUGAGUGAAUUUGAUCGAUCCUCGUCCUCCAAGUCUGCUGCAGACUCUGAACUGCAGGACUUCCUCCUUGUGGAGCGACAGAAGGCACAAGUAAACGCCCAGAUUCAUGAAUUCAAUGAUAUCUGCUGGGAUAAGUGCGUGGACAAGCCAAGCAACAAACUAGACGGGAAAACUGAAUCCUGCCUUUCAAAUUGCGUGGAUAGAUUCAUCGAUACCUCCCUCCUGAUUACAAAUCGCUUUGCCCAGAUACUCCAGAAGAGUCAAGGUGGGCUCUAGGAAGGAUCUUCUCUCACAUUUUUUUAGAUUAAGACUUGUAGAUAAAUUGCCCAAUGCCCGGAUGACCAGAGCUGCAGAUUUUUCCUGCUUUUGCAGCCGGUGGUGUUUUUCCGGACUUUGCUGGAUAAACUGGAUAAGAUUUUUGAGGUUAUGCAAUAAAUAAAAUAAUGUCCGGAAGCCAA